UCUUAACCAAUGACAUUAGCUUUUUCUUUUUCCUUGUACACAUACUGUACUCAGCUUAUUGAAUUUGUUUGGAUAAUCCAAAGAGGCAACAAUGGCUACCGUUCGAAUAGCAGUUUUUCUGGCAACUUUUCAUAUUGCAUUAGGCAUAUUAAACCCAUGGGAGCCUGAGGUUGACCCCGCACUACGAUGCCCGUACGGUAGGCACCACACGGAGAUCGGUAACCAGGCCAACUGUAACCUGCUGGGCGUGUCCUGUACUGAGGGUUAUUUCUGUAGCGGGGAUACCCAGGACAAAAACGGACGCUGCUGCAAAACUCACAAUCCGUGCACGACUGGUGCCCCUUACCACGUGGAGGGAGAUGCCCCCGCGUGCCUCCGGGGAGAUUUCCGGUGUCCUCACGGUUAUACGUGUGUCGGGACCGCUUAUUCUUCCUCUGUGUGCUGUCCAGGAUCGGGUCAUUCGGGGCCUUACAUCCCUGACCAUUCUAAUCAAGGCCUUGGAUGCAUUGCUGACGGUGGGCUAUACCAGCCAGGCGAGGUCUUUUAUAACAUCGCCGGAGAUAGAUGCACGUGCACAAUUACCGGACGUGCCACAUGCAUUCCAAACAGUCAUAAACUUCCAUCAGGAGCAGACAGAUACUGUACUGCUUUUGAUAGAAGCUACCGACCCGGCCAGAGAUUCGUGGCUUCCGACGGUUGCAAUGAGUGCACGUGUGAACCAGACGGGGGAAUCCAGUGUAGCAGAUAUCCCUGUCCCGACUUCUCCGUUGACCGAAGACAUGGUACCCCAGGACAACUGUACUGUACCUUUGAGGACAUCCACUAUAGCCGUGGACAGACGUUCACGAGCACUGACGGAUGCCGGCAGUGCACGUGCGGGAACAAUGGAAGAGUCAGCUGUCAGCGUCGUCAGUGUAACGGCUUCCCUGACCCUGGAAGUUCCAUUGGCUUUCCAAUUGGCUUACCUGAUGGCCGUCGUCCAAUCGCCUUACCCGAUGGCCGUACUCAAAGAGUCGGCUUUCCCGAAGACCGUGAUUCAAUUGGCUUUCCUAGGAGCGGUGGUCAAAUCGACUUCUCUAAUAGUGGCUCUUCAAUUAGUAGAGGUGGUGACCACGGCCAUGACCAUGGACAUAGUCACAAGUAGAGAACCAAUCAAUAGUUACAAGAGGAGAACCAGUCAAAGAAGCUAUGUCAAUGUGCAUAUCAUUAAAGAACCCUACACCAAA